CCAAGAUCCAGCUGGAGUUCAGCAGCAGAGCCUGCAUGUGAGGAUAAACGUGUUUAAGUGGACUCUGUUUAAACUUUCGGGAUGUUUCACCUCAGACUCAUCUCCUGUUAGCCAAGAAUGCUAAAGGAAGUUAGCUUGUCAGCAGGAAGUAGCCGGAGCCGGAGCUCGGCCUCACAGUGUGUAUUUUAUCAGAGUGAGCUGCGUGUCUGUAACGGAGUGUGUCUGGAGGAAAAGCUGCUGUAAACAUGUCUAAAGUCCAAACGCUGAGAGCUUUUGUCCAGCAGCGACUAAGUGCGGCUGCUGAAGAGAUAUUUGAGCUGUUUGAAAGAACGAUAGCAGAGUACGAGGAGGAACUUUGUGGACAACGCAAACUACUGGACGCUGUUUUCAAGCCUGAAGUCCGGUUACACAGAGCAGGCAUCCAGCUGCUGUUGGUGAAUAAAGAAGAGGUUCCCACUGAGCAGCAGAAGUGGUGCACCAGUCUGAACCAGGAGGACCCACCAGAGCCCCCAAAUACUAAAGAGGAGUGGCGUCCCAGUCUGGACCAGAAGGACCCACCAGAGCCCCCGCACAUUAAAGAGGAGUGGAGCCCCAAUCUGGACCAGGAAUACCCACCACAGCCCUCACACAUUAAAGAGGGAUGGAGGCCCAGCCUUGACCAGGAGGACCCACCAGAGCCCUCACACUUUAAAGAGGAACAGGAGGAACUCUGGACCAGUCUGAAGGAAGAGCCACUUCAAGGACUAGAGGAGGCUGAUAUCAUGAAGUUCACAUUCACUCCUGUCCUUGUGAAGAGUGAAGAAGACAAUGAAGAGGAACCUCAGCCUUCACAGCUUCAUCAAUUACUAACUGAACAGAUAGAAACAGAAAUUGAUGGACAACUAGCUACUGAUGACAUAGUGUCACACUCUGAACCUGAGACUGAUGACGAAUGGGAGGAGACCGGGGAACAUGAGUCAAACUCGCUGCAAUACAAUGAAGUAAGUGAUGUGGAAUGUAUUACAGGAAAAACAUCAAGUAGCUUCUCUGAAUGUGCUACAGGCUUUGGCAACAAAGAACAUCUGCAAGAACACAGUGGAGGCCAACAAGUAAAGAAACCAUUUAGUUGUUCAUUUUGUAAAAAAAGUUUUCAAUGGAGAGCUGACAUGGUGAUGCACAUGAGAAUCCACACGGGAGAGAAACCCUUCAGUUGUUCUGUCUGUGGUAAAAGAUUUGCACAAAACUCAAAUUUGACCACACACCUGGGAGUUCAUACAGGAGAAAAACCUUUCAGCUGCUCAGUUUGUAAAAAACCUUUUCAGCGAAGAGGAGAUCUUGUGAAGCACAUGAGAAUCCACACAGGGGAGAAACCUUUCAGUUGUUCAGUUUGUGGUAAAGGAUUUUCUGAAAGCGGAAGUUUGACCCAACACUUAAAAGUUCAUACAGGAGAAAAACCUUUCAGCUGCUCAGUUUGUAAGAAAAGUUUUCAUGGGAGAGGAGAUGUUGUGAAGCACAUGACAGUCCACACUGGGGAGAGACCCUUUAGUUGUUCAGUUUGUGGUAAAGGAUUUGCACUAAACUCCAGGUUGACAUUACACUUAAGAAUUCAUACAGGAGAAAAACCUUUCUCAUGCUCAGUUUGUAAAAAAAGAUUCAGUCAAAGAAGCCAUUUGUCCAGACACAUGAAAAUCCACACAGGGGAAAAACCAUUUAGUUGUUCGUUUUGUGGUAAAGCAUUUUCAACAAGGGGACAUCUGAGACAACACUUGAUUGUCCACACAGGGGAGAAACCAUUUAGUUGUAGUGUUUGUAAUAAAACAUUCACUCGGUUCGAGUAUGUCAAAUCACACAGGUGUGCUGGUGAGAGCAGUGGGAGUAAAUGAAGCUGCAGAGAUGCUGGUUGAGCCGAUUUCUUACAGCAGGACUGAAGUACUGAGGGCAAGACUUGGCUCAACACUGAUCAGUUCAAAACUGUUUUUAUCUGGCACAUUAUUUGGUUGUUUUCCAGGUGAUAUUUGGUAUAACAUGAAAUUGAAAUGGAUCAAAGUAUUUAUGUCACCUGUACUGCACUAUGGUCAACAUGUUGCUUUAAAUGUGAUUUAUAAAUGAAAUGACCAGACUUACCUCCAAACAACACAGUUAAUUUUUUAAUUGAAUGGACUCCUGGUCUUGAAUUGAUCUCAAUAUGUGUAAAACGGCAGUUUUGUUGACUCUUAAGCUGCUCAUACUACUGUAUAUUAGUGGUAUUUUGGUCAGAUCAUUUUAGAGAAACUUUGUUGGAUUUAAAAUAGAGGUUCGGGUUUAUUGCAGUUGUUUUGUCGCAUCAACAAACCUCAUAUUGGCUAUCUAGACAGAUCCUUCUGCCUCGGCUGAACAAGGAAACACUCUGUGGAAACAAAGGGAGUUUUGUAGAAAAUAGAUCAAGUUUGGUUAACUUACCCUGAACUUCACAAUGCAUUUUCUCCAGAUCCAACCAGGACGGUUUCAUGUCCCUCACAGUCAGUCUGUCCUGCCUCUUUAGCUUUAUACUUCAGAUUGGAGCUUUGAAGCCUCAUUUCAGCUCUGGGAAACAUUUCCUUUAAUGAUCAGCUACAAGUCAUUAGUAAGAAAUAAGUAGACGAUGAUAACCUGUCAUUAACAAACUGGUUUCUCUGUAGAACAUUCCUUCCUACCAGCUCAUUCCAGUUUGUUAAACAGUCUGGUUUUCUUUUCUUCAGAUAUCUUCCUGUAAAUUAAGAAUAUUCUGACUUAUUUCAGGCGUUGUUUUUUUUUUUUAACAAAGUGUUGUUUUUCUUGAUUUUCUAUUGAUUUAUGAUGUGAAUUCAUUGUAAACCUUUUGUAAAUCAUUAAGAGUUACUAAUUAAAUGUGGAAUGCUUAAAUGAUGUUGA